AAUUAAUGCAGUUGUCGGUAUAAAGUAGCAGCGACAUAUCAGCCGCCACACUCGCAACAUGCAAAACAUACUCGUGUUGAGUGUCAUCAUACUGCACCAUGUCAACUCAUAUUCUUGUCGAGCCGUCAAUAAAUUGCAACAAGCGCUAGACGACGACACCGGCGUGACAGAUCACGCACAACUCAAGCAACGCGACAGAGAUAUAACAAGUAUAUUAAAACAAUUACUAGAGCGAUCAUCAUCAGAAAUCAGCAGCGAACAUCAGAAAAGACUAGCAAAGCUAACGAUAGAACCAUAUAAUAAGAAUAUAAGUAAAAAUGAAUGGCAAGGAAAUGAUCCUUUGCAUUGGUUCGAUAAAAAUAAAAAAACAAUAGCGCCGCUGGCAAUAUUUGUAACAAAUCUACCAGAAAUUACCAAACUACCAAACAAAGAUAACAAAUAUCUCAAACAUAACAAAGAUAAAAUAACAUCUAUUGAUUCUAAACAAAAUGUAAAAGAAAAUUCAAAAGAAACCUUAUUAGAUAGAGAUUUUCAAGCAAACGUAAUGAGUGAUGUCGAUGAUGAUUCUGUGCCAAAUAUAAAACAGAUACUUGAGAAAGAUAAUUCAGACGCUAAUUUCGAAAAUCUUGAUGACUUAUCUAUUGAUGAUGUGAAUUUAUCAAAAGAAUUAAAUAAAAAUAAUCGUUCUCCGUACAUUGAUCUUACUUUUCAAAGUAAGGAGGAAGUGUUUGAUAAUUUAGAAAUUAAAGAUGAAUCAAACGGAAAUACUAUAUUGCAAAAAUCUUUACAAAUUGUAGACAAAAAUUCAGACGAUCUAAAGUCAUUGAAUCCAUCGUCAAUUGAUAUAUUUGAAGAAGAAUUAGCAAAUAGCAACAAUACUUUAAACAAAGAUUUGACACAAGAAACUAUAUCUUUAGAUAUAAACAAACAAGCCGAUGCCACACAGAACGAUGAUCAGGAAAACUUAAUAAAUCUAUCUGUAAAACAUAAUGAUUUAAAUAUAAUUAAAGAUAAUAAUGAACAUGAGUUUAUGACAAAUGAUAUCCCUUUAAAUAAUGAAUCAAAUGUUACUUUAAAAGUAACAAAAGCUAAUGAUAACAAUUUAGUUGUCACUGAAAUUGAAUCUAAUGGUAAAGAUGGCGAUAGAAAUCACGACAAAUGUAGAAAACAUCGUUGGCAUGAUUCACAAAAAACAUACAAUUUGACUUUCCUAUUUAAUAAAUAAAUAAUCAUAUAAUCU